UCGCACAGACUCCGGAGUGAAGCUCAGACAUCUCUCAGCGCCGUUAUCUCCACAUCUCAGCGGAUAUUUACGCUUUGAUUUGUUCACCAAGUUUGAUCAAGACAGUUCACCUUAAACUCUGGACAUGGAGUGACAUCUCCCGCGGAUUUAAGUAUUUACAUCAUCCGUCUCCGGUUCUUCAUCUCAUCCUCCUUUAUUUUUUAUUUUUUAUUUUGUAUUUUCUUUUUUGGGCAUUUCAUGUUCUCUGAUGUCCCCCUGCCACCCUGGGCCCCGGACCUGCAGACAUCACGGACAGAAUAAUACAAGCUACUACUGAGAUGGCUCGUGCGGAGACCAUCGAGACGGUUGGUGAGGGCGGAGGAGGAGGAGGAGGAAAUGGCCUUCUUCCUUCGCACAACACCUGCCACCUGCCUCGCCCUCUUUACGGCCGGCACAGCGUGCUGAUCACCCCCACCGGCCCGGGCCUCCCUUAUCUGCAGCAGAACCACCACCUGGACCCCCUGCAGGUCAUCUACCCGCUGCCUUACACCCACGCUGGGAGCCGAGAUCACCCGUCACCCGCGUCAUCACCAGCAGGCAGCAGGAGGGCGGUCGCACCCAGGGACCCGUCCGGAGGACAGCCAGACCCGGACAGAGAGGACCUCCGCGGUGCCCCGAGUCCAGGGGGGCCUCUGCCCGACCUGCUGCCCCAGAACGAGCGCUCGCCCCGGGCCUCGGGGCGCGGGGGGGGCCGGGGGGAGGCGGCGCAGGAGAUGGAGCUGAGGAGGGUGGCGCGGCGGCUCAAGCUGAUCGGAGACGAGUUCAACGCCGCCGUCCUCCACAGAGCGCACGGCGCCCCCCACUGGCGGGACUGGAGAGACGCCUGCAGGGGACUCCUGAACUUCGUCACCCAGGCGCUGAGCGCUCUGUACCGGCUCACGUAGACCUCCGACCCCCCCAAACCCCCACCCCAUUAGUCACUGGACUCUUCCUGGACGUGUCGGCGCCACCUGUUGGCCGGAUGCGGCUGCUUCCUGUGGAAACUGGACCCCCGUCUGUCCGUCUGUCCGCCUGACAGUCCGUCCAUCAGUCGGUCUGCUGGUCCGGACUCAGCUGAUGGACCGAGUGUCUCAACCCUGUAGAUUCUGUAAUAUGAGUUUGUCCGUGUCCGGUCUCGGGGGGGCGGCGCUCCACGCGGCGGGUGGGAGGCGGCGUGCGUGCGGUUUCCUGGGAGACUUGACGUCUGCGAUAUCAGACAUAAUUUCAAACUGACGCUGCGUCUUCAGCUCUUGAAUUUCAACUCAACCCCCCCUCGUCCGACGUGUCGGUUUCGCUGUCGUGUCUUUGAUUGUGCAGCCCCGUGUCCCUCCAAUCCUUGUAAAACUGUGAAACUGGACGCCGCGGUUGCAUGGCAGGGAAAAAGACCGGGCGAAGCUCACAGCGAACGUUUCCUCCCGAUCCCAAAAACGCUUCAUUCUGUUAUUCAACGUGCCUUCCCGCCUCGGCGCUGCGCCGGGACCCAAACCAUCUCCGACACCACGACAAUCAGCUGCCGGCCCUUCAGGGUCCUGCAGCGUUGGGAUUCCAGCUCCAGCACCGAUCGUCCUGAUAUCUCCAUGUCGGGAGCCUGCAGAGCCACUCGGUCGUCUGUAAAUAGUCUUUUUGGGAGAUCAGUCUGAGUUACCCGACGCUUUGAGAAGUUCCUGUCGGGAGAAGUGUCUGUAUUUCCGAGCGGCCCUCUGCGACAAGUCUGAAUUUAAAUCCAGUGGAUUUGAUGAUUGAAAAAAAAAAAAAACCCAAAUGAUUUGGAUCUUUUGAUUAAGAAGUAUUGGAUGAUGCCUGUAAAAGGACCCCAAGGACCUUGUUUCUAGUGUCAGAUAAAAUAUUAAUGGGUUGUAAUUUAUUUUGGAAAGUAGCGUAUCUGUAGCUUUAUUUUUGUUUCUUUCUGUUCCUUGAAGGUUGUUUUUUUAUUAUUAAUUAUGGAGAUGUAUUUAUUUGUUUUCUUAUGGUUCCCACUCAAAGCUAUGAGUGCCGCUGUACUUGAGUCCUAACUGUUUGAACUGUCAGAGCGGGAGGGGACGCAUCACUCUCAGACUGGGAGCUGGUGGUUCUGGUCCGUGACCCGGUGUGAUCGACACCUUCUCGGUGCUUUAAAGCUGCAGCCUUAUCGUUAUGAGGAACUUUAAUCCUUCUGUCUUUAGUGUUCCAAACACCCUCAACAGUCUGAAAGUGAUGCGUCCAUGAAGCAGCUCAUCAGAGAAGGUGGCAAACACCCAAAUCCUCUUUUCAGACCUUUUUAAAGCACAAAGAAAAUUAAUAAUCAGGCCUCAAAGAGUCAUAGCAAUAUCUGAAGUGGAGUUUAGGAGGACUGAAGUGAAACCCGGCUCACAGGGCCUGUGACGCCCCGGUGGCAGAGUUGCUGUAACAUUCGGGUUCACUCAUUCACUUCAUAUUCCAGCUGUUAUUUGUUUUUUUUUGUCACUCUGCCGGGCCGAGAACCAACUGUUAACCCACUUACUACUGCACUGGUCCAGCCGAACCCGCGGGCGGUCUCAACGCACUUCCCAGUUCCACCAGCAGAACUCAACGUCGGUCUCGUUUGCUGUUUUCAACCUUUUGUAUUGUAAAUUUCUACAUGAAUUUGUACGUUUUUUUUGUACAAUAAAGAUAAGAAUAAAUAUA